AUGGAAUCCUCACGCCCCGACCCGCCGGGCCUAUCCUCGCACCUCCACGAUGUCCUCAUCGACCUCCACCAGCGGCCCUACCCACACGUCCCCAACCCGCCCGCCUGCAAGAAACGCGCCUCCGUCGCCCUGAUCCUGCGAGUUCGCCCGACCUACGACCACUGGCCGACCGCGCCCAACAUUGGCGACCCGUCGCUGUCGCCGGAAGAGCGGCUGGAUGAGUUCUUCUCGCAGUCGUGGGUGCAGUAUGGGGAUCCCGAGGUUCUGUUCAUCAAGCGCGCGUCAAGGGCUGGAGAUCGUUGGACGGGUCAUGUUGCGCUGCCCGGUGGGAAGCGCGAUCCCGAGGAUGCGGAUGAUAAGGCGGCCGCGAUUCGGGAAGCGGAUGAGGAGAUUGGGUUUGAUUUGACUACCGAUGAUUGUAUUUGUGUUGGUAAUCUGCCGGAGCGGGUGGUGACCACGAGCUGGGGGUCUAUCCCCGACUCGCCGACGCUGAAACUACAGCCCACCGAGGUCGCCUCGACGCAUUGGAUCCCUCUCCGUGCCCUCCUCUCCUCGUCCCUGCGCACCGUCGAAUAUGUAGACAUGUCCCAGCGAUUUUCCCGACAAGGCAGUUUCCUCACUCGAAUGGCCGUCCGCUCCAUGUUGGGAUGGAUGCAAUUCUCAGCCGUCCGCCUCCUGCCCUCGGAAACACAACACUGCUCCUCGAUUCCCGGAUUCGUCCCCGACGAGAAGAGCGGCAAUACCUCGCUAAUCCAGCGCUUCAAGUCCUGGUGUCUGAGCAACCAAGCUGAUUCAGGCGAUCUUAAUCGCCCCCUGUUGCUCUGGGGUCUCACGCUUGGUAUCUUGGCCGAUUUCUUGGAUAUGCUGCCUCCUCACACGGCCGUUCAACAAUGGAACUAUCCCACCUUUACCGCGCCGGACUUGAGGCUGAUCGUGAGUAUCUUGACCUACAACCUGCGGAAACGUAAUGCGCGGAUGGUGAAAUUGGGCGCGAGGCCGAAUGAAACGGCGUCGGAUGGGGAGACGGCUGCUUUGCCGGUGACGUCGAAUAUCCCCCACGACGAUAAUGAGGUUGGUAUUGGUGGGCUUGGAGUUGGUCGAUACUACGGUCCAUCGGAUCGUGCCCCCGACGGUACCUCGUAUGCGGUUGGUAUCAUGCUGCGAGGAUACUACGACAAGCUGCGACUUGCGAUCUACUUCUUCAUGGCCUGGCGCAUGACUCUGGGGUCGGCGGCAGCGUUUGCAGCGUGGAAACUGCUUCGGCGGAGACUCCAGUGA